AUGUCAAGCACGCAAUUAUUGAAGGAUACACUAAGCGAUUGGCUUCUCCCUGUACUCAAGUCGCAGCCGAACAUACGUUCCUUGAUUAUACGUUUUGGGUUAACGAGUGCAGCAACGUGGGUGGUGGCACGCUAUUUUAUUUAUCGGUUGUACCUGCAUCCUGCCAACUCGAUUCCAGGUCCACGGGUCGAUUGGAUACCGUUGCUAGGCAACAUGCGAGAAAUUAUUCGUGACCCUCCUGCUGUACCUCAUCGAAAAUGGGCUCAACAAUACGGCAGCGUGGUGUGCUACCAUGGAGCAUGGAAUAAGCCAACAGUGCUAGUGACCGACCCGGAGAUUAUCAAGCAAAUUUUGACGUUGGAGCACUAUGACUUUGUCAAAAAUCCCCAAACACGUCGAUUUUUGGCACCUGUGGUGGGUGAAGAAGGCGUGUUGCUAGUCGAAGGUGAUAUCCAUCGACAGCAACGUAAACUACUCAACCCAGCAUUUUCAUUACAAGCCUUACGUUCGUUGGUACCCGCCAUCGUAAAGCCUGCGCUCCAGCUGCGCGAUAGAUGGCUCUCUGAAUUACAAGAUAAUCAACCCACAACCAUUGUGGUGGAUCAUGGCCUUUCACUUGCCACACUUGAUGCCAUUGGUUUGGCAGGAUUUGGCGCAGAAUUCCAAUCCGUAUUGGAUGCACCUCUUGACACGAGCGGUGGUCGUCUUAGUCAAGCGUAUUUGGAUCUUACGUCUGGUGACAACAAUUUGGCUCGUGGUAUCGGUCUCUUUAUACCUGCUUACAAUCAUAUCCCAACACAACGCAAUCGAUCAUUGAGACGCAUCAUCAACACACUUCAUGCUGAAGCACUUGAAUUGAUUAAACAAGGACGCAAGGAAUUGCUGCAGCAACCAGAAUCGAAUCGAGCGCUCUUGUCGUUGAUGCUACGUUCCGUUGAUGAUGAUACAGGACGAACGAUGACUGAUCAAGAAUUAAAGGCUCAAUGUUUAACAUUCUUGGCAGCAGGGCACGAUACAACAGCGGUGGCAUUGUCAUGGGGAUUAUAUUUGUUGGCGCAGCACAAAGAUAUCCAAGAUGCUUUACGUGAAGAAAUCAUGCCUGUGUUUGCUAAUGUGGAUACGGAGGAGAUGCCAUCCUAUGAACAAGUCAACAAUUUGCCGCUGCUUAAUAACGUGUGCAAGGAGGUGAUGCGUUUGUAUCCACCUGUGCCUAUGACAUCCCGUAUCACAGCCAAAGAUCAAACAGUGCUUGGUGGUCGUUAUGUAGUGGCCAAGGAUACUACUAUUAUCAUGUCGCCAUUAAUCACCCAUCGGGAUCCAAAGUACUGGGGAGAUGAUGCAGACACCUUCCGACCCUCUCGAUGGGAAGAGGCUCCUGCCAAUCAAGCCAACCCCUACGUGUACAUGCCUUUCUUGGAAGGAGGUCGUAAAUGCAUUGGAUACCGCUUUGCUUUAGUAGAGUUUAAAAUCAUUUUGGCUAUUCUUCUUACACGUCUUCGAUUCUCUGAGGAACCAGGCUUUACACCUUAUAUGCGUCAACAAGUCACUUUACGUCCCAAACCCAACAUGAAACUUGUCGUAGAAUCUUGCAAUCAAUAA